UAAAGGUAGGUAACAACUGGCUACCAAAAUCAGAUUAAAUAUUUGAGUUAUCCUCUUGUGUAAACAGGAAGAGGAAGUGAAAAAGGAAAAACUGUAACUAGGCAUUUCAAACAUCCGAUCUGAAGAGGUUUAUAAAAAUCAAUUUGCUUAUUUCAAACCAAACAAAGAAUGUUUCAAGCACCAGAGUACAUCGAGCCAGUGUCAGUAAUACUGUCAGAUGUUCUUUCUGAUAUAGGAGUAGACAAGAGGAUUGUACUUAAGAGAAGAAGAGCAACUUUGCUAGUUGAAUCUAUGAGCAGAAGAUUAUUCCAACUAGAGGAUCACAAUCGUACAAUAUACUUGUUUGGCAGUCAGUCAGAGGGCACGACAACACCGGAUCUUAAAUCAGACAGUGACCAACUAAUGUGUCUCAAUGGUGUUAAUGUGAUACAAAAUGUGAGUGAAUGGAAACCUGGUGAAGAAAAUUAUCUGAUGAUCCAGGAUGAUACUGUACCACCUGGCUAUUGCCUUCUGCAACCUCUGAGAAAUGAUACUCCACUUCCAUAUCCUACUGUACCUAAUGAACAUUUCAGUGAAAGAAAAGGAAAAAUAUUGUUAAAGAAUACAAUCAUGUCUGCAAUAACUGAUAUCCAAGACAGAGGAAGGAAACAGGGUCCAGCACAUACAUUUCAAGAACCACCUGGGAUGAGUGAUGUAGACGUUGUUCUUGCUUUCCGCUGUAAAUCCUGGCCUCUACAAGCAAAGCAGUGGUUAGACUGGCAAGGUGUAGGUCAGUGGCCUUCAGCUGACAUGAGAAAAUACUGUGGCAGUACUGGAUGUUUCCUUGUUACUGUUGGAAGCAAGGGCAGUGAACAUGAGGAACUUGAAUGGAGAAUAUCAACAUCCCUAGCAGAGCGAUGCUUGAUGUUCAGUCUCAAUAUAACACAGAUUCGAUGUUACAUCUUGAUGAAGAUAAUAUUGAAAACCUUUAUCAAGCCAUACUUUGAAGACACCAUUUCAAGUUUCAUGUGUAAAACAGUUAUGUUUCAUUGUAUUGCAAAUACAAAGUCUGUCAUCUGGAGAGAAAACAACAUACUUGGGUGCCUAUCAUUGUGUUUAUUUGUCCUACAUAACUGUAUUUUAAACGAAAAUUGUCCACACUUUAUCAUACCUGGAAACAAUUUGAUGAAAGGAAAAAUGACACAUACAUAUAAACCUUACAUUCUGCAAAAACUAUGUGAUAUUGUAACUGAUAGAUGUAUAGCAUUACUGGGGAUUGAGUGUGAAAGUCUUGGCUUAAGGCUUCAGUAUAAAAUGAAAAAUUUAAUAUGCCCAUUCAAAACAAGUGACACUGUUUCAGGACAUAUAUUAAUGAUACUUGCACUCAACACUAAUCGCAUCAUAAGGGAUUUUCUAAAUUCUAUCAGCAACAGCAGUAACGAAGAAGCUGUACAAUUACUGCUGAAGUAUAAUAUCAAAUUAGUUGAUAUUUGUAACCAAUGUGAAGGAGUGGACAAAACAGCAUACCAUAUUCUUGCAUCAAUGUUAGGUAUAUCCCUGGGAACUGCACUAGCAUCCCGUAGUAUUCAUUUGUACAAUGUCGUAUCAGAAGAAGCUCUCACUUGGAUCUCCCGUGGUUUGAAUACAGAUGUUUCAUCUGGUAAACUGAAGCUAGCAUCAAUCUACUACUGUGCAAGGGAUACUCGGAAAACGGAAACUACACUUAGGAAUAUAGAAAGAGGCUAUGACGUAAACACUGUUGAGCCUAUUUGUCGUUGCAGUUUUUACGUCAAAAAAGCUCAAAAACAUAGAUUUUUUGAAAUAUCCAAUGAUCGUAAAGAAGAAGCUAUGCAACACAUCACAGCAUUCUGUGUUAAAUUUUUGCCAUAUGAAAUAAAAUGUGUUCCACAUGAACUACAGUAUGAAAUGUUUAGAUCUACGAAAGACGAUCUAAAAUUCAGACCUCCAGAUGACUACUGGAUAAAAUGGGCAGUAGUUGAUUCUCUUCCUUACCUCUACUUUCUACAAUACAAGACCUACAAAAGUCUUAGGAGGCAAGAUGAAAAGAAAAGGGCAUUGUCCAACCUUCUCAGGACAAUUGACCAAGAACCAAAUCUUGGACACAGGGAAACAGCCUUAAAUUUACUUGGACAAUGCAUGGAACAAGAGGACCGGGCUACAGAUGCUUUGUGCUGCUAUUUAAUAUCUCUGAAUCUAAGGAAGAGAUACAAUGUUGCAAGGAUCCAUAUCUGCAGACUUUUAUCAAGUUUGCUAACUAACAAGUAGGGAGCAAGAAAAGCAGACUGGUUGGCAUAAAUAAUACACUCUAAUUUGUAUAUUUUGGCAGUUUUCUAUUCAUCUGUAUAAAGUUCCACAGUUCUGCACAUCAAAAUAAAUUUCACCUUUCCUGUGACACCACUUUUAUUUAGAAACAGGAUUUGUUUUUCCAAGGGGCCUAGAAAGAGGUACAUGAAGUUUUUAUUUUUGCAUCAUGACUGUAGAUAAAAUCAGCAACUGUCGUUGCAAAAAUUGAAAAACUUUAUAGAGAUGUUCUGAAUUAGCAAGUGUACCAGUUUUAUAAAGUGUGUUGAUUACAGCAUGCAACAUAAUACAAAUCAUGCGCACCAGUAAAUUUCAGAUAUAACUGUAAAUACAGUUGACUCUCAUUGGCUCAAACCAGGAAUGCUCAAAUACCCCCGUUCGCUCGAACUCAUUGUGUAGUCCGAAUCUUAUUUCUAAUAUAUUGUAUACAAGGGUUGUCCCAGAAAAUUGCAAAACUUUUUUUAUCAUUUCAAAAAUAUGCGACGCAUCAAAUAAUUAUUUUAACUGAUGAUAUUUCAAUGUAUAACCGACAUGACUAUAUAUAGAGUUUAAAAUUAUUUGUUUGUUUGUUUGUUUUGGAUUUAACACCGUUUUUCAACAGUAUUUCAGUCAUGUAACGGUGGGCAGUUAACCUAACCAGUGUUCCUGGAUUCUGUACCAGUACAAACCUGUUCUCCGCAAGUAACUGCCAACUUCCCCACAUGAAUCAGAGGUGGAGGACUAAUGAUUUCAGACACAAUGUCGUUUAUCAAAUAGUCACGGAGAACAUACGCCCCGCCCGAGGAUCGAACUAACGACCCCGCGAUCUGUAGACCAAUGCUCUUACCGACAGAGCUAAGCGGGUGGGUGAGUUUAAAAUUAAAUACCUCUCAUGUUAUUUGAGUAUUCUUUAAAUAAUGGACUGCAGUCAAUGCUAGUCGGGCACGCUCAGUUUUCCUCCUACAAAAAGAAGUGGCUUCCAUUUAAUCUUGUGUAACUUACCCGAUAUACAUCUCAUAGGAUUAAAAUUUAUAUCGUCACUAAUUGCAACAUGUGGUGUGUAAUUAUAUUUUGUUUCAAGUCUUUGACAUUACUUGCUUUGAAAUGGUGAUGUAACUUGGAAAGUAACAGUCACACACACUUUCAGAAAUUGCGACAUCAAAUAAGUUCGCGGUGCAGAAAGUAUUAAUAAAAUAUUGUGUAUGUCACGGUAUGACUCCUUCACAAAAAAAACGGGAAGUGAAAAAUUCUGGAGAUCAGGCAAAGGUUAUAUAUAUAGCAGGACACUUGUCUUUACGUGGCACAAACGUUUUAAGGAAGGUUGGGUGAGUGAUUCAAAGACAGGACGACAUAAUACUUUUAAUACUUUCUGCACAGAGAACUCAUCUGAUGUUGUCAUUUCUGGAAGUGCGUGCGACCAUUACUUUCAAAAUUACAUCACCUUUUUAGCAUAAGUGACGUCAAAGACUUGAUGCAAAAUAAUUAUAUGCCAUGCAUUGCCAUUAAUUACGAUAUAAAUUCUAAUCCUGUGAGAUGUAUAUCGGGAAAGUAACAUGAAAUUAAAAGGUGUGUGUGUGUGGGUGUGUGUGUGUUUGGGUUUAACGACUUUUUCAACAAUUUUUCAGUCAUUUAAACGACGGUGUCUACUUGUAGCAGUGUGUACAAUGCCCAACUUUAUAGUGCUGCCUCACUGGAAUAUUAUGCCGUAGACACGUGGCAUGAUACCCCACCCAGUCACAUUAUACUGACACCGGGCUGACCAGUCCUUGCAAUAUCCUCUUAAUGCUGAGCGCCAAGUGAGGAAGCUACUAGUACCAUUUUUUACGUCUUUGGUAUGACGUGGCCGGGGAUCCAACCCAAGACCUCCCGCACUAGAAGCGGAUGAUCUACCAUUAGGCUACCAAGGCGGUUGAAAUUAAAAGGAAGCCGCUUCUUUUUGUAGGAGGAAAAGUAAGCAUGCGCCGACUAGCACUGACUGCCGUCUAUUAUUUAAAAAAUACCCCAAUAAUAUGAUCGAUUUUUAAUUUUAAACUCUAUAGUCCUGUCGAGUAUACAUUGAAAUAACACCAGUUGAAAUAAUUAUUUGAUGCAUCGCUUAAUAUCCAAAUAAUAAAAGAAAUUUGUGAUUUUCUGGGGCAACCCUCAUAUUGUUCGACUCUGGAUGGCUAGAACAUCGACAACUGGAACUCACAAACUCCCUGUCUGGUCCCUUUAACUUAAUUAUAAUGUAAAUCAAACCUGAUUGGUUGAACAGACAUUUGUCUGCCAUAAAUCUUUUCUCGAUGCAAACAAUUUGCACCUCUAUUAUUGUGUUACAGCUUAAAUUGGUGCGUAUAGUUUUAGCAUGUUUUGAAAUUUAUACCUGUAUAGGCCAAACAAUUUUAAUUAGAUGAUUUUCUUUUUCGUUUUAAUUAAUGAAUUCCAGGGGGCUCACUAGACUUUAAAAGUCAAGAGUCAAUGACCCUUGAGCCCAAGUUUUCAAGAGUCAAAAUGUAAUUCUCAAGAGUCAAUGUCCAAAUUUCACGAGUCAAUUCUAGCUAUGAAUGCAUUGUACUGUGAACUUACAGAUUCUUAAGUAUGUUUUUCGUACUUUAUUACAACUUACUCCUUUUCUGAGCCAUUGUUAUCAAUUCACAUUAACCUUAAGGGUAUUUGAACUUAUUUUUCCAUUAUGACUGAAAACUUGUCAGGGCUCUUUCUACGGUUUUGAGGAACUAGAAUGUGUCUGUAGGACACAGGGUGUGCCCCCCACUGGUACAUUUGUCACAAAUAAGGGGAAAUCAUUCAAAUGUUUGCAGUCUUAAUGGGGUAUAGCCUAAAAAAAAAAUAUAGCCUCAAAAAAAAAGAAAGAUUAUGAAAUGGAUUCAUUAUUCUAUACCAUAUACUUGUUGAGCUAUGAGCAUCACAAACAAAAAAUCCACUAUUUUGGCUAUUUCAAGGGCCAUAACUCUGUAUAAACGCUAAUAUUCUCAAGAAGAAUGCCAAGUGUGCAAGGUCACAUUAUGAUAAAGACUCAAGCAAGGUUUCAUGAAUUUACAUUAAAUACUUUUUGAGUGAGGCACAUAAUUAGGUGAAAAUGUGCAUUUUUUGACUAUUUCAGGGGCCAUAACUCUGGAAAUAGGGGCGGAGCCAGAUGAAAAAUAGGAGGUGCACAAAUUCAUACCAUGCUAAAGGCUCAUAUAAGGUUUCAUCAAUUUAUAUCAAAUACUUUUUGAGCUAGGCAUGUCACAAGGUUAAAAUGUGCAUUUCUGACUAUUUCAGGGGACAUAACUCUAGAAAUAGGGGGCGGACCCAGAUGAAAAAUAGGAGGUGCGCAAGUUCAUAUCAUGAUUAAGACUCAUGCAAGGUUUCAUGAAUCUGUAUCAAAUACUUUUUGAGCUAGGCGUGUCACAAGGUGAAAAUGUGCAUUUUUGUCUAUUUCAGGGGCCAUAACUCUAAAAAUAGGGGGUGGAGCCAGACGAAAAUUAAGAGGUGCAUAAAUUCAUACCAUGAUAAAGACUCAUGCAAGGUUUUAUCAAUUUAUAUCAAAUACUUUUUGAGCUCUAGGCGUGUCACAAGGUGAAAACGUGCAUUUUUGACUAUUUCAGGGGACAUAACUCUAGAAAUAGGGGGCGGACCCAGAUGAAAAAUAGAAGGUGCGCAAGUUCAUAUCAUGAUUAAGACUCAUGCAAGGUUUCAUGAAUCUAUAUCAAAUACUUUUUGAGCUAGGCGUGUCACAAGGUGAAAAUGUGCAUUUUGGACUAUUUCAGGGGCCAUAACUCUAAAAAUAGGGGGCGGAGCCAGACGAAAAUUAAGAGGUGCACAAAUUCAUAUCAUGAUAAAGACUCAUGCAAGGUUUCAUCAAUUUAUGUCAAAUACUUUUUGAGCUAGGCGUGUCACAAGGUGAAAAUGUGCAUUUUUGACUAUUUCAGGGGACAUAACUCUAGAAAUUGGGGGCAGACCCAGAUGAAAUAUAGAAGGUGCGCAAGUUCAUAUCAUGAUUAAGACUCAUGCAAGGUUUCAUGAAUCUAUUUCAAAUACUUUUUGAGCUAGGCGUGUCACAAGGUGAAAAUGUGCAUUUUUGACUAUUUCAGGGGCCAUAACUCUAAAAAUAGGGGGCGGAGCCAGAUGAAAAUUAAGAGGUGCAUAAAUUCAUACCAUGAUAAAGACUCAUGCAAGGUUUCAUCAAUUUAUAUCAAAUACUUUUUGAGCUAGGCGUGUCACAAGGUGAAAAUGUGCAUUUUUGACUAUUUCAGGGGCCAUAACUCUAGAAAUAGGGGGCGGACCCAGAUGAAAAAUAGGAGGUGCGCAAGUUUAUAUCAUGAUUAAGACUCAUGCAAGGUUUCAUGAAUCUAUAUCAAAUACUUUUUGAGCUAGGCGUGUCACAAGGUGAAAAUGUGCAUUUUUGAAUAUUUCAGGGGCCAUAACUCUAAAAUUAGGGGGCAGAGCCAGACGAAAAAUAAAAGGUGCGCAAGUUCAUAUCAUGAUAAAGACUCAUGCAAGGUUUCAUUAAUUUAUAUCAAAUACUUUUUGAGCUAGACGUGUCACGAACUUCGGAUAGAUGGACGCACGGAGGGACAGACGGACAAGAGCAAAUCUAUAUGCCCCCACCACUCAUGGGGGGCACAAAAAGGCUCCUGGUCAAAUUGGGAAUUUUCAACACAGUAAAUUGUGAAAAUUUGGAAAAUGCAUCGACAAAUCAAGCAAGUUUUUAACAUUUAAUUUAUUUAGUUUAAAACUUCAGUUUCAAGCAUUCAAAUGAAUUAGAAAUUUAAAGUAUCCCCAUGUGAAUUUUUGAGAAUUUAUUUUUUCAGGACUAUUUUCCAAGUUGCUAAUACUAUAUUGCAAAUAAAAUACAGUAACUCUUUAUUA